AUCUCCAUCAUGUUUUUUUCCUAGAGACGAUUCAGAGUAGUGCAGACUCUCUCAUGCAUGUCAACCACCAAACGUUGUGCAUCAUAGCCAUGCACUGAAUAUCACCCAUAGCCUGAAACGUGACCAGUCCGAUACAUCACCGCCUCUUGCGCACAAUUUCACCAUGUCAGAACCUCCCAAACCGGAGUCCAACUCCAGUCUACCAGAAGGAGCCAAAUAUGAACCUCCAAAGCAACCACCGAAACAGAACCCGGUUUUCCGGAUGAUGGGCAUGCCCAACUUUCGUUUCAAACUGCCCUCUCGAAACUGGCUCAUCUUUCUCUCCGUCACCGGUUCCUGGACUGCAGCCGUCCUCUAUGACCGUCACCACAGGAAGAAGAAUCAACAAAAGUGGUGCGACUUGGUCGCUCAUAUUUCUCAAAAUCCUCUUGAGGUCAAAGAGAUGCCCAGGAAAUUGACCGUCUUCUUAUCUGCGCCUCCUGGCGAUGGCAUCCGCACUUCGAGGCAAUAUUUUAAGGAAUAUGUAAAACCCGUCCUGGUUGCCGCCGCCAUGGACUACGAUGUAAUUGAAGGCCGUAAAGAAGGCGAUGUGCGGUACGGUACCGCCGAACAGAUACGAAGACUCCGGCGGAGAAAGGGCGAGACAGGACCAAGGCCAGACGAGGAACAAAAACCCGACACGGAGCUGAUAAUCGAUACCAUACGGGAGGCCGUCCACAUCAGACCCGAACCUGGCGUGCGCGGUGACCUCGUGCUUGGGAGACAUACUUGGAAAGAAUACAUCAGAGGUCUACAUGAAGGCUGGCUUGGACCCGUGGAAGAACCACUCCCACCACCACCUCCGCCACAAGAAGACUUUGAUAUUCCAUCACUACCUCCCCCCACUGAAACUCGAUCAGAUGAGCCAACUACCACCGGGUCACCUACCGAGACAAGCACAGAACCUGAGAAGAAGGAGGAAGAGAAAAAGGAAGAAAAGAAAGAAGAGAAGAAAAAACCAUCUCCACCUCCUGCCUAUCUCUCCAUCUCUGAAUACGCCUCAUCACGCCUCUCACCAAACAUCCCCUCCGAGCUUGAACCAUCCCAACCCAUCCACCAACAACACAUCCUUGGCUUCCUCAAAUUCCCCGUCCGGAUAUACAAUUUCCUCAAUCGCCGCCAUCUAGCCGAUCAAAUCGGGCGCGAAACCGCCGCUAUCGUCCUCGCCGCCAACCGACCCUAUGAACAAUUAUCAACAUUCGCAUCCCCAACAUCAGAACUCGACCCAUCCCCAGUCGCCACGCGAACACCAGAAAAUGACGCCGAUGAGAGUCCCGUUCAAACAGGCCAAACCUGGGAACAGCAAUCAUUACUAGGAGAGGAGGAAAAGACAUGGCAUAAGUCAGUGCGGAAACCGCGUAAGGAAGGUGAUGAGACAGAGGUGAUUUGGAUGAAAGAUGUGGUUAUUGAUCCUAGACUCGGCGAGCGAAUGAGACGAUUCGUCCUCGAUCCAGAGGAAGAAGCUCGUGCGGCGCGCUUACUCACUGGAGAGGAGAAAUCUCGUCUCAUUCCUGUACAGGACCUAAGGGCGCAGAAGCCGGUUAUGGGAAAUAUUGAGGAUGAGAAUGCGUGAGUGUGAGAGGGUCAACUUGUGCAUUCCACUCUAAACAGGAGAUGGAAUACCUAGAUGAAGAAGGAUCCUGUUGUUGAUAUGUAACAAAACCAACCGAUAAUGUAAAAAUCCAUCUACUUCUCCCCCUGA